AUGAUGAACCCACGCGCAAAAAGGAACUUCUACUUGGCGGCACCUGACUUGCUGGAUCCAAAAUCUGCCGCUCAGAACUCCAAACCGAGGCUCUCGUUUUCCACGAAACCCACCGUGCUUGCUUCCCGGGUGGAGAGUGACACGACCAUUAAUGUUAUGAAAUGGAAGACAGUCUCCACGAUUUUCCUGGUGGUCGUCCUCUACCUGAUCAUCGGAGCCACCGUGUUCAAAGCCCUGGAGCAACCGCACGAGAUCUCCCAGAGGACCACCAUCGUGAUCCAGAAGCAAACGUUCAUUUCCCAGCACUCCUGCGUCAACUCCACUGAGCUGGACGAGCUCAUCCAGCAAAUAGUGGCAGCAAUAAAUGCAGGGAUUAUACCGUUAGGAAACACCUCCAAUCAAAUCAGUCACUGGGACUUGGGAAGUUCCUUCUUCUUUGCUGGCACUGUUAUUACCACCAUAGGGUUUGGAAACAUCUCCCCACGCACAGAGGGGGGGAAAAUAUUCUGUAUCAUCUAUGCCUUACUGGGAAUUCCCCUCUUUGGUUUUCUAUUGGCUGGAGUUGGAGAUCAACUAGGGACCAUAUUUGGAAAAGGAAUUGCAAAAGUGGAAGAUACAUUUAUUAAGUGGAAUGUUAGUCAGACCAAGAUUCGCAUCAUCUCAACAAUCAUAUUUAUACUGUUUGGCUGUGUGCUCUUCGUUGCUCUGCCGGCAAUCAUAUUUAAGCACAUAGAAGGCUGGAGUGCUCUGGACGCCAUUUACUUUGUGGUUAUCACUUUAACAACCAUUGGAUUCGGGGAUUAUGUUGCAGGUGGGUCAGAUAUUGAAUACCUAGACUUCUAUAAGCCUGUCGUGUGGUUUUGGAUCCUCGUAGGACUUGCUUAUUUUGCUGCUGUCCUGAGCAUGAUUGGAGACUGGCUCCGAGUGAUUUCGAAAAAGACAAAGGAAGAGGUGGGAGAGUUCCGAGCCCAUGCUGCUGAGUGGACAGCCAACGUCACGGCCGAGUUCAAGGAAACCAGGAGGCGGCUGAGUGUGGAGAUCUACGACAAGUUCCAGCGCGCCACCUCCAUCAAGCGGAAGCUCUCUGCAGAACUGGCCGGGAACCACAACCAGGAGCUGACCCCGUGCAGAAGGACCCUGUCCGUGAACCACCUCGCCACCGAGAGGGAUGUCUUGCCUCCCCUAUUGAAAGCUGAAAGUAUCUAUUUGAAUGGACUGACGCCACAUUGUGCAGGGGAGGAAAUUGCUGUCAUUGAAAAUAUUAAAUAG